UUCAUAAUUCUAUCCCAUCACCUCGUUUUGUUAAUUAUAAGCAAACAUGGCGUCCUCAAAAACUUUUCUUCUACUAGGUCUUGUCUUUGCUGUUCUCCUUAUCUUCUCUGAGGUUUCCGCUCGGGAGCUGACUGAGACUGCUCCUACUCAAACCCAGGAGAGCGUUGAAAAGGCUACCUAUGGUGACCAUUAUCACGGAUACGAGCAUAAACAUGGAUACGGGCACGGACAUGGAGGGCAUGAGCAUGGCUAUGGAAAUUGGGAACAUGGCCAUGGUUACGAGCACAAACAUGGAAAGCAUGAGCACGGCUAUGGACAUGAAGGCUAUGGACACGGAGGCUACAGAUAUGGCGGGUAUGGCCACGGACAUUGGGAGCCCGGGCAUGGCCAUGGACAUUGGGAGCCCGGGCAUGGCCACGGCCAUCACGGAAAACUCGUAGCUGGCGCUGCAGAGGCUGAAUUAGAGAAUUAGAUAUAUGACCCUUCAAUUUGCCUGUGGUACUGAAGCAGUAUGCGUUGCAAUAAAGAUUUUCUAGUCAAUAAAAGCAGUAGUCCAUGAACUGUGCGCUUUGGAUCUCACAAGAUAUCAUGUCGUGCUGCGACGGGUCGAAAAAUUUGUAAAAGCAUUACUCUAGUCAAUGAACGCGACAUACCAUACCCACAAAUUCACACCAUAUCUCAUGUAGCCCCAAACCCACAAAUCCACACCAUAGCUCAUAUCUACAUUAAAAAAAUGGUAAUUUCGUAACUAAAACUAAAUUCUCCCCUCAAUUGCACUUAUAGCCAAGCGUACCACCCCCCUCCAAAUUUAGACUAGAGUAAUUGUUAUAUACUGCAAUA